AAAAAGACCAUCGAGCUCAUUGGGACAAGAAGAAGGCUUGCAACAGAUGGCUAUCAUCCUCAAGAAGCUGGUCGACCUGACCUCGGUCUCCAUCGGAAUGGCAAGGAUCCUUCAGACGGCCCUCAGGAUGCAAACCACCUCAGAGUCAAAGAGCCUGUCCAGGGGAUCUACCAAGCCUCCCUCAAGACCAUCAUCAAGUGUCAAGACAAAUUUUCGAUCAGCGGACGCAACUCCAGAGCACAAGAGCUUGAUCAAUCAACACAGAUCAUUCAGUAGCUUCACUGCCACAAGGAAUACCCAUGCCGGAAGGGAUCCCAACCUGGGACCCUCAAAGCCAAUCAAAAAACCUGGUCUUGAAUCUUACUCGGACCCAAAAAAUGAGGUGGAUGGACAAAGUCCUCUUCGAGCCUCUCGCGUGCCUUCUUCCCGUCUGGGCAGAUUAUUCCACUAUGGAGGACUGGCCGCAGGCAUCGGUUGGGGCACGGCCUCGGAAGCGUUAAGACGGACGGCCUCUGGCCCACAAAAUAAUUCGUAUCCGCUGGCUUUGUCGGAAGCUAACGUCCGGCGCCUCGUCGACAAGCUGACUAAAAUGCGAGGCGCUGCCCUCAAGCUCGGCCAGUUCUUGGCUAUCCAAGAUGCCAAGAUCUUGCCGCCGCAAAUUGAGGAAGUAUUUGUCAAGGUUCAGUGUACUGCUGAUUACAUGCCAUUUGACCAAGCAAGGAAUGUUCUGAAUGAAGCUCUGGGAAGUGAUUGGUCGCAAAAAUUCAAUAGCUUUACUGAAAUCCCGGUGGCCGCGGCUUCGAUAGGUCAAGUCCAUGCUGCCAGCGUUACGAAUGGGGAGAAAGGGCCGGUCAGAGCUGCGGUGAAAGUGCAAUUUCCAGGGGUAUACGAGUCGAUUCAGAGCGACUUAUCUUACCUGAGUGUGCUUGCCGGUACCACUUCGAUCCUACCCAAAGGGCUAUUCUUGUCCAAGUCGAUCGAGGUCCUAGGCCAGGAGCUCAAAGAUGAGUGUGAUUAUACCCGAGAGGCCCGGUAUGGAAAACGGAUGCGUGAAUAUUUGAAGGACGAUCCCAGGUUCGCGGUGCCUAUGAUCUUCGAUCACUUGAGUACCAAGAUGGUCUUGACCACUGAGUUCAUGUCAGGCACCUCACUCAGACACGCCGCCAAAUGGUCACAAGCCUUGCGAAAUAAAAUCGGUCACGAUGUCCUCGAACUCUGUUUUAGGGAAAUCCUGCACUUUCGCCUUAUGCAAACCGAUCCCAAUUGGAGCAACUUCCUGUGGAAUGAAGAAACACAACAGAUCGAAUUGAUCGACUUUGGAGCCACACGUGAAUAUAGUGAAAGGUUCAUAGAUGGAUACCUCAAGCUGCUGAAAGCGGGGAUCGAUGGGAGUCGUGCGGAUUGUAUAGAGGCAUCUAUCGCGCUAGGAUAUUUGACUGGUGAUGAAUGCGAAACGAUGCUAGAUUCGCAGUACAAGAGUGUGAAAGCCCUUGGAGAACCUUUUCGGGGGACAAGCCAGCAGCCCUACGACUUCGCCCAACAAACUGUCACCGACCGAGUCCGUUCGGAAAUCCCGACCAUUGUUCGGUUACGGUUGACGCCACCACCUAUAGAAACAUACAGCUUGAAUAGAAAGUUAAGCGGAAUGUUUUUGCUAUGCAAUCGUCUAGGCUCGCAGAUCGACUGUCAUACGAUCCUCGACAACCUCCUGCAUCAAAAAAAUUCCGGCUCUUGGGGUCGUCAUCUUUCCGAUUCUCCCACCACAACUUGAGUCCAAUCCUAUUUUACUUCAUCUACCUUAUUGAUCGAUAAUCCGUCGUAGCCUAUUUUCUUAAUGACGACAUCGCAAGUUCGCCUUCGAGCACUUUCCUCGCACCAGCCGGAUAUGUUUUCUACCUAUAAACCGCUUAAGAAUUCAUUAGUUUCGAGCCUUUGUAUAGGUUUUCUUUUUUUGUUCUUAACAUCCACAAGACGGUUGUAUGUAUGGUUUAGUACAGCUUGACAAGUAAUACGAUUUCUAGUUUGUGCAUGUGUG